UUUUGUUGUGUUUUUGAUUUUGUGUUUGCAAAUGAAACAAAAAAGUGUGUAAAAAACAGCCAAGUAGAAUCAAAAUGUUUUGGUCAUUGGAGCAGGUGGAGGGCAUGUUAGGUGUCCUGAAAACAUCAACGGAUAAAACUGUAUUAUAUAAAUGCCUAGUGAAGCUGCGCACUGAUCUGGUUAAAGAUAAAGAUGGCAUUGUGUUGUUUCGUACUGCGGGGGGUGUUCCGGUAAUGGUUCGCCUGAUUAGCAAACUCAAUGAAAAGAUUAUGGAGGUAGUUCUGAGCAUAUUGGGCAACUGUUGUACGGAUGAGCAGGCUUGCAUAGAGGCUGUAGAGUGUAAGGUCAUUGCUCCAUUGAUAACGAUAUUGAAGACAAUACCAAAUCCUUUGAUCCAAUGUCGUGCCUGCCGCAUGCUGGGUAAUCUGGCCAAGAACAAAAAGGCAUCCCUCUUUCUGAAUGUCCACUAUAGUGCCAUAGCGCCCGCUAUUUGUCACAUCAUUGAGUCCACAAGUGCGGUUCAGACACGGAUAAUGGCAUUCCGUGUUUGUCGUUUUCUCCUGGUCAGCAGUCAGUUCUACAAGCACUUCUUGUCCUCCAAUGGAUUUUUGCAGUUAAUGCGCAUCUUCGUGGCCGUAAUGAAGAACAAUGAGGCGCCCAAAGAGUCCCCGCAAGACAUUGAAGUAUCGACUCUGAUUGGACUCAAACGCAAUCAGCACCGGGAGAAAUACUUUGAGGAAGUGGCUCGUAAUCUGGAAGGUGUACGAAGUGACAUUUUCGAUUACCAAAUGCUAAAGAACUCGACGCGUAAUAAUGAAUAUGUGCUGCCCAAGGAACAGGAUGCCAUAGAGCUGGCCUCCGAGAUAUUGAAGUGUCUCAUGUUGUUGUCCGCUCAGCAGAUUGGCGUCAGAGCGUGGGAGGUUCUAUCACGCAACACAUCCUUUGCACCGAUCGUGUACUUUGUGAAGGAGGACAGCGAACAGCGAUCAUCGGCCCUUAAGAUACUUUCCAACUUCUGCAAGGAUCCGUGCGCUUUUUACAUGCUCAGCACAGCGGAUGCCAUAGUGGCUGCCUGUGAGCUGCUCAUGGCUGUCAAUAUGGCCAAGCCGCUGUCGGAGAGCGAGUGCAGACACUGUGUCAACAUCAUAUCCACACUGUCCGCCGAUGCCUGCAGUCGCUCCAAGAUUCGACGCUGUGGCGCAUUGCGCAAACUUGUGGCAAUGAUUCGCGAGUCGCAUUCCCAGAGCGAACGCUCAUCGUUAUUCCAUAUUUUGAACAACUUUCAAUAUGACAACAUAAGCAUGGAGUUGUUGCUGUAUGAGGGACUGGUGCCAAUGCUGGUGCGUGAGCUGAAUGAUUAUCUAACCAGCGAUGAGGAUCAUCACAGACGACGUCGCGAGGAGCGCAUGCAGGGUGGUAAAAAACGUAAAUUAACCGAUCCCACAACGCCAGAAACAUUGAGCAAGUUUUCCAAAACCCAGGAGACAAUCAGCUCGGACUUUGAUUCGCCUAGUAGCUCGCCGCGUUCAUAUCGCACCACAAGUCCGUGUAGCUCUCGAAGCAUGUCUCCAGUUUGCUCGAAUCUCUUAGCCAAUGAUGAUGAUGAGAACUAUUCACCUGCCUGCAGCGAUGAUGAUGACGAUGAUGAUGAUAUUAAAACAAGCACAACCAACAAUGAUAGCCGAGAGUCUCGCAUAGCUUCUAAUCGGGCUCAGCCCGCCAACGUCAUGGAUAUACUGAAGCUCAUCGAUGAGGGAACCGAAACUAUUGACGAUACCUUGUCCGACAAGGAGGAUCUUGAUGAGCUAAGCUCAGAUGUGCCCCCAAAGCUUCAACAGCUGCGCAACCAGGCCGGCGACACUAUCGAUGUCAUUGAGAAUUUAAUUUACCGCAUAACGUUAAUGAUUAACAAGCGUCCAGAACUGGGCAAACCGGAGACAUUGGAUACUCUCAUAAGGGCCAUUAAUAUAUUUGGCGCCAACAAUAACUUUGCCAAUGCGCUGACCAACAUUUUGCUUGAGAGCCAGUUCUUUGCCCAGAUAAUCAAGCAUGGUGUAGUGCAUCAGCUUUAUCAGCUCACCAAAGUGGAAGAGAUGCGCAAGGAUGGAUUCGCUUUCUUGGAAACGCUAACCAAUGUCGGCGAAUCCAAUUACGGCAAGGAGGAAUUGGUGCGUCUGCUGCGUUCCGAUGCGGAUCUCAAUGCACAACAACGUGCUGCCAUUUCUGUGGCAUACAUCAUCAAAAGCCAUCGGCUGCUCUAUCAGUUCCUGUACGAUGGCAAUGCACUGACACUGCUCUUUGACAUGCUGCUGCGCAAGAAGAGUGACAAUCUGUAUGCGGAUGAGGCGGCAGAUGCAGUUACUGCCAUGUCACGCUUCACGCUGGGCAUCACACUGCCUGAAUUUGAGGUUGAGGAACAUAAUGCCACUAUCUGUGCCACACAGUUGAAAACCUGCACAGCGCCACUGCAUGACAACUGCGAUAUGCGAUUCCUUGUUCACAGGGAUGCUAAGGAUGCUGAUGUAGAUGAUGCUGAAGUUGCUGAUGUUGCUGAUGUUGCUGUUGAGGAAGCAGACGCCGAGGAGACGCUCAGUAUUGGCUUUAACAAGCAGCUGCUCUGUGAUACCAGCGAAGUCUUUAACAAGAUGCUCAACAGCGACUUCCGUGAAGGUCACAAAGGCGAAAUUCAACUGCGCGAUUAUACGGCCAGCGGUUUACGUUACUUUCUGCAUUUGAUAAGCUGCCAAGCCCGGCAUCUGAGCAUGCCCGACUAUGCGGCAUUGCUGCAGGCAUUCGAGAUGUCGCGCGUGUACAUAAUUCCCGAGUUGGAGUCGCUGCUACAUGAGCGACUCAUUGAAUUUCUGGAUUCUCACAACUGUCUGCGAUUGCUGGAAUGGGCGUUAAAGAACUAUCAUGCAGAGCUAACCGAGACGGCCAUCAGUUAUUAUCUGUGUGCCACAUUAUCCGCACAGGACAAACUGCUGCUGUUUCGUGCUGCCGAGGACUCUACUUAUGCCAGGGAAUGGUUCCAACUGCUCAAUGAUGCUGUGUACGAAAGAUGUCGAAGUACCGGCUAUUAACAUGGUCUGUUCACCUGACACUGACAAUCUGCCAAACCUGCCCAUUGUUAAUGUUUUCCUGAUUGAUUGUGCCAAUUGCAAAUGCAGCGACAGGCAAACCUGUGUGCUCCAGUGUAUUUAAUUUAUGCCCAGCCACAGCCAAAUAUAUCAAUGAAAUUCAAAUAAAACUAUAUAGACUA